CGAUAGUCGACAUGACAUUGAGUUGACAUUUCGGAGUAUAAUUUUAGCAUUUCUAACGAUUUAGUUCUUAAUUUUAUUUUUUGCAAUUCAAACAGUGGAUGAUUGUUAUUAAUUAACUUGUAGCUCACGUGUCCACUAUCUACACACAACAAUAAUGCGACAAUUUCUGUGCAUUGACAACGAUUACAGCAGCUUCUAAGUGCAGCCAGCUGCUGUUGCUGCUGUGUGGGUGGGUGUCUGGGCGGCGGGCUGGUGGCCGUUGGGGGAGAACACUGAGACAUUGACAACAAUUACGCUUAGAGUAUCUCGUUGCAUACACGACAACUGACGCUCUUAGAGGUAAUUAUAAUAACGCGUGGAUAAGAAGGGGACGAUAAACCGAAAUGCGUUCUCGAAGCAAUUCUGGGGUUCGCCUCGACUACUAUCAGCGAAUUGUGCAUCGCUUAAUAUUGGCACAUCAGGAGCCAGUGACCGGUUUAUUUCCCGCCUCGAAUGUCAAUUCGCAUGCAUGGAUACGUGACAAUGUGUAUUGCAUUCUGGCCGUGUGGGGCCUGUCAAUGGCCUACAAGAAGAUCGCCGAUCAGGAUGAGGAUCGCGCCAAGUGCUAUGAGCUGGAGCAAAGCUGUGUCAAGCUGAUGCGUGGCCUGCUCAUGGCCAUGAUGAAUCAAAAAGAUAAAGUCGAGAAAUUCAAAAUGACCCAAAGCCCCUUCGAUUCGCUGCAUGCCAAGUACUCCAGUAAGAAUGGUCUGCCCGUUGUCGGAGACAACGAAUGGGGCCAUUUGCAAAUCGAUGCGGUAUCGCUAUACCUCUUGAUUCUGGCCCAAAUGACCGCCUCCGGUCUUCAGAUUGUUUUUUCGUUGGACGAGGUAUCGUUCAUACAAAAUCUGGUGUUCUACAUUGAGUCAGCUUACUCCAUACCAGACUAUGGUAUUUGGGAGCGCGGCGACAAGACCAAUCAUGGUGAGCCCGAACUGAACGCCAGCUCCAUCGGCAUGGCUAAGGCAGCAUUAGAGGCAAUGAACGAGCUGGAUUUGUUUGGAGCGCGCGGUGGACCUGCAAGUGUCAUACAUGUCCUUGCCGACGAGGCGCACAAGUGCCAAGCAGUGCUGCAGUCCAUGCUGCCUCGUGAGUCGAACAGUAAGGAGCUGGAUUCUGGUCUGCUGUGUGUCAUUGGCUUUCCAGCUUUUGCUGUUGACGAUGCCCAGCUAAUACACAAUACACGGGAUGCAAUAUUGUCGCGCUUGCAGGGAAAAUAUGGCUGCAAACGCUUCUUGCGCGACGGCUAUCGCACACCCAAGGAGGAUCCCUCGCGCCUCUAUUAUGAGCGCUGGGAACUGCGCAUGUUUGAGAACAUUGAAUGCGAAUGGCCGCUCUUCUAUUGUUAUCUGAUUCUGUUCCAUGCAUUUCAAAAUGAUAAGGCUUUGGUGCAGGAGUAUGCGAAUCGGUUGGAGAAGAUAAUGGUGCGCUCAGAAGAUGGUACAUUGCUGAUACCUGAAAGCUAUGCUGUGCCGCAGGAUUUGGUGGGCUUCGAAUACCAGAAGCCCGGCUCGCAGGAGCGCGUAGUUGUUGGCCGUUGUCCCUUCCUAUGGGGCCAGUCGCUGUUUAUUCUAGGUCGCCUCUUGCAGGAGGGCUUUCUGGCUGUGGGUGAGCUGGACCCGUUGAAUCGUCGCCUGGGCGCCCAAAAAAAGCCAGAUGUUGUCGUUCAAGUGGUCAUCAUAGCCGAGGACAACGAGAUUCGCGACAAGCUGGCCGAGCACGAUCUGCAUGUGCAAACGAUUGCCGAUGUGGCACCCAUUGAGGUGCAGCCGGCACGAGUGCUCAGCCAUUUGUACACGUACUUGGGACGGAAUCGCAAGCUGGGCCUAAGUGGACGUAAAUCGCGCGAUGUCGGCAUAUUGAGCACCAGCAAAUUGUACUCUCUGAAGGAUCGCAUCUUUGCUUUCACUCCGCAGUUUGUCGACUUGUCGCGCUUCUAUAUCGCCUCCGAUAACGAGCUCAUGAUUGACAUCCUUAAAGGCGAGAUCAAUUUUCUCAAGUCCGCUUGGGAUCUGCUGGGUCGUCCCUUAGUAACGCUCGUGCUGAAGCGCAUCCACUUAGGUCGGUUCACCUUGCUUAAAUCCCAAUCCGUUUUAAUUUUCAUCUAGUAUUUAGCUGUACAAUUGUUAUACU